AUGCCGCUCUUCCAUCGUGAUUCUACUGCCAGCUCCUCCUCGGGACGGGGCUAUGAGGAACCUCACGAGACAAGAUCGCACUCUGGUUUAUUUUCAAGUCGAUCUUCUCACUCGACUCGCACAUCAGUUUCCUCGGGCUCGGCCUCCUCGACAAAUCACUCCCGCCGCCACAGCCUUCUUCACAGGUCGCACGAGGACCCUUCCAUCAUGGCUGCGCGAGAGCAGGUUCUUCGAGCGGAGCAUGCUGAGCGCGAGGCUGACAAAGCACUGCUUGCAUCAAGGAAAGCAGUCAAGGAGGCCAGGGAUCAUGUCAAGCACCUCGAGCGUGAAGCAGCGGAAGAAGCCCGCUUGGCUCGGAUCAAGCAGGAUCAAGCCAAAUCCAUCUCCAAAAGGGCCAAGCCUCUCGGUCGUAAGUGA